CUUCCGCUCCAUUCAAACCCUGAGUUCGUCUCUGCUGCGGUGCGUUGCGCGCAGGUUGGAGAGAGAUGACAAGAGCCCCGCGGAACUGGCCAGACAAACAUGGAUCUCCGUAAAACGCUGAUUUCGGUGCUUUGGAUAUUAUUGCUGAAGCUAGAAGAAGACUGUAACGCCGAGGAAGUGGUGCUGCUGAAUUCUAAAGAGACUCAGGCAGAGCUGGGCUGGACGUCAUAUCCCCCCAAUGGCUGGGAGGAGAUAAGUGGUGUUGAUGAGAAGUACAAGCCAAUCCGAACUUACCAGGUGUGCAACGUGAUGGAGCCCACGCAGCAGAACAACUGGCUACAGACGGGUUGGGUAGCACGCCGAGGCGGCCAGCGCAUUUUCGUGGAGCUCCAGUUCACUCUGCGCGACUGCAACAGCAUCCCUGGAGUGGCGGGCACCUGCAAGGAGACCUUCAACCUCCUCUACGUCGAGACGGAUAGGGACCUCGGGGGUGUGACACGAGAGGACCGCUACACCAAAAUCGACACCAUCGCUGCUGAUGAGAGCUUCACGCAGGGUGACCUCGGUGAGAGAAAGAUGAAGCUGAACACUGAGGUGCGUGAGAUCGGCCACCUCAACCGCAAGGGCUUUCACCUGGCUUUCCAGGAUGUGGGUGCCUGCGUGGCCCUGGUGGCUGUGCGAGUGUACUACAAACGCUGCCUUGCAACCGUCCAGAACCUGGCAGUGUUUCCCGAUACAGUGGCUGAGGCGGCCUUUGCCACGCUGGUAGAGGUGCGCGGCAGCUGCGUCAACAACUCUGAGAUUGACACAGACAGCCCACCCAGGAUGCAUUGCAGCGCUGAGGGGGAAUGGCUGGUGCCCAUUGGGAAGUGCAGCUGCAGCGCCGGCUACGAGGAGGGACACAGCAGCUGUGAAGCGUGUCCCCCUGGCUCCUACAAGAUGUCCUCCAGGCAGCAGGAGUGUUUUCCCUGUCCGGCCAACAGUGUCGCAGAGGAGGAAGGAUCUGUGGUGUGUGUGUGUGAGGAGGACCACUUCAGAACCCCCCUGGACACACCCUCAGCACCAUGCACGAGGCCCCCCUCACCACCCAGAGACUUGGUGUACACCCUGAAACAGUCCACACUGAUCUUGGAAUGGGCCGCACCGUCUGACACAGGCGGCAGGGCAGAUCUGACCUACAGCGUGGGGUGCCGGAGGUGCGUUGGGAGGCAGUGUGAGCCAUGCGGGGCAAGCGUUGGCUUUGUGCCUCAGCAGGUGGGCCUGACAGAGAGAACUGUGACAGUGGUCAAUCUUCUCCCCAACACCAACUACACGUUUACAGUGGAAGCCUUGAAUGGAGUGUCAGAGCUGCUGCCCAACAAGAGGUUCUACACCCAGGUCAACGUGUCGACAAGCCUGCCUGCACCAUCACUGAUCAGUGAGCUGCGAGCAGAGAAGAUCGAGCAGAAGAGCAUAACUCUGGUGUGGAGGGAGCCCUCGUACCCGAACAGCAGCCGCACUGAAUAUGAGGUCAAAUACUAUGAGAAGGAACAAAAGGAUCAGAGUUAUUCGACUGUGAAGACUGCUGCCACACGGAUCAGUGUCAACAACCUCAAACCUGGCACCACAUAUGUCUUCCUCAUCCGCCCUUUCUCCACGCCCGCCCCCUCCUUCGACUACGGAGCGUACAGUGCUCCCCUGGAGUUGCAGACACUUGGCGAGCUGGCACUGGCGUCCAGUGAACAGAGCCCAGUGGUGAUCAUUGUCGUGGUGUCCGUGGCCGCUCUGAUCAUGCUGCUCUCCAUGGGGGUCGGACUGCUGAUCUGGAGGAGCGUCUGCUCGAGCUCCUCCAAUGUAACUCCUGCUAGCGUGGUGCUGCUCUCGACCUCCUUCUCCACUCUUCCUCCUCCUCCUCCUCCUCCUCUUCUUUCUCCUCUUCCUCCCUUCACACAGCUGAUGCCCAGACAAUGCGGCUACAGCAAAGCCUCUCAGGAGGGAGACGAGGAACUUUACUUCCAGUUUAAGAUCCCAACACGGAGGACCUACAUAGACCCAGAGACCUGCGAGGACCUGCUGCAGGCCGUGCACGCCUUUGCCAAGGAGCUGGACAACUCGAGCAUCAAGAUCGAGAGGAUUGUGCACACAGGUGACUUCGGGGAGGUGUGUCGUGGCUGCCUGAAGCUGCCCAGUAAGAGAGAGCUGCCAGUGGCCAUAAAGACACUAAGGGCCGGCUGCUCUGACAAACAGCGUAGAUCCUUUUUCAGCGAGGCUGGUAUCCUGGGGCAGUUUGACCACUCCAACAUCAUCCGGCUGGAGGGCGUCAUCACCACCGGUAACACCAUGAUGAUCAUCGUGGAGAGCAUGUCGAACGGAGCCUUAGACUCCUUCCUUAGGAAACACGAGGGCCAGCUGACUGUAAUGCAGCUGAUGGAUAUGCUGACUGGGGUGGCAUCAGGGAUGAAAUACCUCACUGAAAUGGGCUUUGUCCAUAAACGGCUGGCCGCACACAAGGUGCUGGUUAACUCCAACCUGGGCUGUAAGGUAUCAGGCUUCCGACCUCUCCAGGAGGACAAGAUCGAGGCCAUCUACACCACACUGCACGGAGGGAAGAGCGUUGUGCUGUGGACCGCUCCUGAGGCCAUCCAGUACCAUCGCUUCUCCUCGGCCUCCGAUGUCUGGAGCUUUGGCAUUGUCAUGUGGGAGGUCAUGUCCUACGGAGAGAGACCCUACUGGGAUAUGGGCAACCAGGAUGUGAUCAAGGCUAUCGAGGACGGUUUCAGGCUGCCGGCUCCGGUUAACUGCCCUCAACAUCUCCAUCAGCUGAUGUUGGACUGCUGGCAGAAGGAGAGGACAGAGAGGCCCACAUUCAGCCAGAUCCACUCAGCCCUCAGCAAAAGCAUCCGCUCCCCUGAUGGCAUUGGUUCCUCCACACUAGCACGCAGAACCCUGAGUUCAUCCAUCACACUAGCAGAGAGGCCUCUCCCCUCCUUCCCAUCCUUUAACUCAGUGGGAGAGUGGCUGGACGCUGUGGACAUGGGCCGAUACAAGGACAACUUCACUGCAGCAGGAUACUGCUACCUGGAGUCUGUGGCACGGAUGACUGUACAAGAUGUACUGAGUCUUGGCAUCACUUCCCUUGAGCACCAGAAGCUGAUCCUGGCUGCCAUCCAGACCCUCAGAGCCCAGGUCAUCCAAAUGCACGGCCGCGGCGUGCAGGUCUAACAGUCCACACACUGCUGCUGCUGCUGCAGACCCACAUGUAUGUGCAGAUGGAUGAUGGGGUGGAGAAGAGGAGAGAGAAAGAGAAAGCUCUCCCAAACUGAAGGAAAGACGAGCAGAUCUUUCAGCUAACUGCACUCCUCUAUCUAGUCCUUCUUCCCACACUUCUUCAUGCCUUCCUCAAUUCCUUACUUCCUUUUUUUCUAUGAAUGCCCUCAGAGACGAGCGCUGUGCCCUCUCGCGAUUGGGGGGGCAGCAGAGGAGUGAUGUCAUGUGACUCGUUUUCUUUUUUGUGACCUCUACCUGCACUUUGACCUUCAAUAACUGUGUCACCUCUAUCUCACUGGUUCUGGAUCAGUGCGUAAAGACAAAUGAACUGUCGUCUGUAGCAGGACAGGUUCUGUCUGAAGCUGACCUCUGAGCUGCAGGAGGGGCACACAUGCACUACGCCGUAAACACGCCGGUUACAGACUAGUGCUCAAAAAAAACAUUUAGGUUUUUGGGUGGAAUUUCCCUUUACCACAGCAUCGAUUCACUAAAAACAAAAUACUGUCAAAGCUAGGAACUAUUUCACUGGCCUUGAAUCAUUUUGCUCAGAACUGGCACAGCUGAUUUCACAUCGAAAAUGAACGGACGCAAAAUCAGAUUAUUGUACAUCAGAGAUGAUCUCAGAUGAGACGCCCAAGGAGCGUUUUCUGGAGAUUAAACAUGGCUGGAAUGUAACUUUCAGAGCAGCAGCUUAAGAAGACUGUGCUGUCCCACGUGGAGGGUUCAGUGAGUCUGAGGCUGGAAGAGCUGGAUGAAGCCUCAAAAGCGUUCAGUGUAGUCCUGACAGGAUGGACAGAUGUGGGUGAUGAGAUAUACUGUAUCUUCAGGAACAUCAGCCUGCUUUUCUUUCCUUUGUGGCCACUGAUGGUCAAACAAAAGCUGCAGGAUACAACUGUAAAGCAAAAGGUCGAACACGUGUUUGAUUGUUCAUUCAUUCGUUGUAUGUCGCCGUCUGUUUGGCUCCUCGCGCUCCUUUCUUUUCCUUCCUCUUCUCCUCUUGUGCUUUGAAGUUGUUUUUCUCCGUGCUUUUAAAACAUCCAAUUUUCCCUUUUAGCCUGCUGGAUGUCAUAAUCCUCUUCUCCAAAAACCUCCUUCACUACUUAAUACUCUGUAUAGAGCACGGGCCGACUCUGGAAGAUGGCCUGAUUCAGAUAUUUAUCCAUAUUUAUUUAUGUUUACAGACUGGAACACAAAUCUCUCCAGAAAAAGAGGCUAGGAACGUUUAUUUAUUGAACUAGUAUUUAAAAAUUGUUGAGCAAAGCGGUUGUCUCCUCUUGUUUCGUUGCUUUCUAAUAUGACUGAAGUUUAUACCUGAACAGAUGUGUUGUUUUUGUACACUGGAGGUGAGGAACACGAGGAUUUUUACUGUCAACACACAGUAUCUGUGUAUUCUUGAACACUGGAUUUGAUACAGUUCAUUUUCUGUCCAUUCUCAUUGGAUUUGCUGUAUACAUGACAGUGUGUGUGUUGCAGUAUGGAUACAGUAUUAAAGAAUGUGGUGGGCUUUUUUCGUUCUCUGUAGCUGUUGGAUUUUCAUGUUUAUUUUAUGUUGCUGUUAAUAUCAUGCUCUGCCAUACUACGUGGUUGCACUUUUUAACACACGACUCCCAGAAUCCUCUCUGUACAGUGAUCUGCCCCUCACCUUUUCUGACCUAUUUCAAUACACGAGACUUGAAGGAAGACGUUUAUCGGGGCAUUAUUUGGUGAUCAUACAGUUUCACAGUUAAAGGUACGGCUUCAUUUUGACUGGAAUAUUGUAACUGCUUUGUAUUUGGUACAAAAUUACUUUUUGUUCUCUCUCCUCGUACUCUCCUUCUCGCUCUGUAACCAUUUUUGUCAAACUAAAUGAACUCAUAUGUCCUUAUAGAUGUUAUCAUGCACAUGUUAACAUAUCUGAAGAUGAACCCUUUGACACACACACACACACACACACACACACACACACACACACACGCAUGCACAUACACAAGACUACAAAGACACACACAACAAACUGGACCUCGUCACCACGAUGAAUGAAACUUCAAUUGUUAUCCCUCUCUGUUACUGUGACCAUUCUGAUAUAUGUUUAAUACUGUAAAUAUGUAUUUGAAAAUGCUAAAUCUAUUUUUAUAAUUUGUUUGAAGAACAAUGUGUUGAAUAUAAUAUCUGCUCACUGUGUAAGGGUUUUAUUUGUUUGAAUUUUAGGGCCAUAGUCAAGAAACUCUGGUGUUUGGAAUAUAAAACAACAAAAAAAAAAGUU